GCGGAAGAGAGCGAGCGAAACACGACACCCCGAGGACGGAGAGAGGCGCGGGGGGGAGGAGAGAGUCGCUCUGAGUGGUGUGAGUGUGAGUGGAGGACUGGAAAAAAAGUCCGUAAAGAAAGAGAGCUUCGUCUCUGUCGUUAAUUUCUGUCAAAGAAGUACGAAAGCUACGCGGCGGAGAGAUGUCAAACGGCAGCGAAGAUGCGGCCGCGCCGGAGUAAACAGCGGACAGUUAGUGGCGGAACUAGUUAGAGGAGAGAGUGAGACAGCGGCGUCGGGACGGUUGCAACUUGAGCAGAUUGAAGCGCGGCGAGUGACGGGACACCAGGCGAGGACCGACGGCGAGGUGUUGAGCGCCCAGCGAGCCGUUCGGUCGGCGAGGAGCCAGGGAACGGCGACGGCAACGGCCGAGCGCGAGCGCGAAAGAGCCGCGCGAGCAGCAGCAGCAGAAAAGUUUGCCGCGUAGCUUCUGCCUUGUUUUCCAGAUUGGGAAGCACAGGGGGAGAACGGGGCCGAGCGAUUGACUUUUGUUUCCACAAGCAACUUUGUGGAAUUCAUUCAGCCGAGGUUCAGUAGCUGAAGCCGGGGAAGAAUGAAAACACCGGGAGAUACUGGGUUUGCCUUUCCAGAAUGGGCAUACAAGCCAGAGUCGAGCCCUGGGUCCAGACAGAUCCAGCUGUGGCACUUUAUCUUGGAGCUGCUCAGGAAGGAGGAGUACCAUGACGUAAUAGCCUGGCAGGGGGACUACGGCGAGUUCGUCAUCAAGGACCCAGAUGAGGUGGCUCGGCUGUGGGGGGCGAGGAAGUGUAAGCCCCAGAUGAACUACGAUAAGCUGAGCAGGGCUCUGAGAUACUACUACAACAAGAGGAUCCUACAUAAGACCAAAGGCAAGAGGUUCACCUAUAAGUUCAACUUCAAUAAACUGGUUCUGGUCAACUACCCUUUCAUCGACAUGAGCUCCACUGGGAGCAGUGUUCCUCAGAGUGCUCCUCCUGUCCCCACCGGAGCAGGGACUCACUUCCGUUUCCCUCCUUCCACGCCCUCAGAAGUCCUCUCUCCUAAUGAGGACCUGCGCAGCCCUGGCAGCAUGUUCACCUCGGUGGCUCGAAGGAUGGCUCGCGGCUCCGUCAGCGACUGCAGUGACGGCACCUCGGUCAAUUCUGAGAUCGAGGAGGGCAACGCCGGGGCGGGAGAAGAGAGGAGUGAAAGGGGCGUGACCGGAGGGGGACCUGGGGGUGGAGGAGGCGGCUUCAGGAGUAUGAUCCAUCCUCGGCUGCCCCACGAAACCUUGUUCCGUAUGUAUGGAGGACCAGGGAACCCCGCUGGGCACCCAUCCUCCCGUGGUACCGCAGGGCACCGCAUCCACACAGAGCCCCUGUCGCCCUUCCCCGUGUCCCCUCUGCCAGGGCCAGGGGGAGCCGGCCUCUUAGCCCCUCCUCUGUCACCGGCUCUCUCUAUGACGCCGACGUCUCACCUCCCCUACACUCCCUCACCCACCUUGUCCCCAAUGUUAGGCUCCCACUUCUCCUUCAACCCAGAGGACAUGAAUCGCUACCUGCAGGCCCACACCCAGUCCGUGUACAACUACGGCCUCAGUCCCAGAGCUUUCCUCCACUACCCCAACAUCGUCAUCCCGCAGCCCCACCGGCCCACCACGGAGAAGGCCAGUCUGGCUGGAGAGAGGGGGGAGAGAGCCGAAAGAGCUACAACAGCAGGGGGAGGCGAGAGGGGGGGAGAGCGGCACCACCACACGCCCCUAGGGCACGCGGCUCACCACCACCCACAUCCACCUCACACUGCUCACCCUCACCCUCACCCACAUUCCCAUCCCAUGCAUCACCCCCUUCACCUGGGUGAGGAGCCCCCACACAUGUCUCCCUUCAAGUUCAAGCUGCAGCCACCACCACUGGGCAGGAAGCAGAGGGAAGCACAAAGCCAGACUAAACCCAGGCAGAGCUCACUUUCCUCAGGCUCCGGGUCCGGGUCCAUGUCAUCUACCUCUGGUUUGGGCUCCUCCAUGUCAUUUGGCAGUGACCUGAGCUCAGCCAGUGGCUCAGGCUUGAUCUCUGCCUCCUCCUCAACACAGUCCCUGAACAGUGCAGGACUUCCCAAGAUAAAGGUGGAGCCCAUAUCUGAUAUUGAGUCAGAGGAAGAGGUGGAAGUGACUGAUAUUAGUGAUGAAGACCCAGAUGAAAGAGAUGAAGAAUUUGAGCUCUUCUCCCCUCGCCACUCCAGAGCCCCGAACCACCACCACCAUCACCACCACCACCACCACCACCACCACCUUGCCAAUGGCACAGCUGCAUCUCACCAUCAGGACCAUGAGGACCUGGACGAGGACGUCUUCAAAGCCCCCGCUCCUCCUCCCCCUGGCCUGAUGCCUUUCUUCACCUCACAGCACGCACACUCCAAUGCUCAUCGGAUGCUGCCGACCCUCAAGACCGAGACCCCUGAGCCAGGGGACAGCAGCACGCCCCCACCUCAGACCGGCUCAGCAGGCGCUCCCCAGACCAAGUGCAUCCCCCUCAAGCUGCGCUUCAAAAGGCGCUGGAGCGAGGACCAGCGCAUGGAGGCCUCGCUGGAAGAGUCGGAUGACAAGAAAGUACGGCCAGAGGGGGAGAGGGAAAGGGAGAGUCAAAGUAAUGGACGCAUGGAGAUGGAGGAGGACGGGACAGGCAGUGGGGAAGCUGACAGUCCACCCCCUUCAGCCUACAAGGGCUCUUUAGCCACGCCACUGGCCUCAACCCGCAGGGUGAGCUCCGAGCUGCACCGUGCCACUGCACAGCUGUCUCUGGAAAACAAAGACUGCUGAUGAGAGACACAGCCCAAACACUACUGCUCUGGCAGCACAGGGGGUGAUACAGGAGGAUGUAAAUGUGUUCUGUGUAAUCCCUAUCCCACACUGACAAACUAGAUUCCUGAAAGCUCCAGUGAGCUAAGAGCACAGUCCAACACACACACAUGUAAAACCAACACCUCAAAGACAGUCUCGUGUCAGAUCUCCCACCGAUCCUCUGUCGCGAUGAGGGCCCCUCUGGGACACGUCCUACGGGAGGAGGGACGAACUCUCAUUGUGUCUUGAAUGGCUAAAUGUCUGUAACAAACUCCUGGCCAGUGAAAGUCCAGAUGCCCCGUCCCAGUAGCACAGCUCCCACCUUCAUGGCUGCCAGUAGGAACAGCAGCCAGUCAACACUUUCCUCAGGGGAUGCGCGCUCCCUUACAGCCCGGCUACCCACCUACACUGAUAAUGUGCACACUGUCCCCUAAACCACUUUUCCUGUAAGAUGAAGGGACUUUAUUAAGUGCCUGUAUCUCAAGCCCGCAGCCCUGGAGUGACACGAACAAGACAACGGAAGAGAGACGAGGCCUGUUCCCAGCCAUCAGAUGUUCUUUUGUUUGUCAAAGAGUGGAAAAUGAGGAUGUGGCGUGAGGACGUAGAGAAAAGUGUGUCUCUAAGACUGAAGAGUGGGGCUGUUGGGUGUUGUCUGACUGACUCUUGAACUUGGCCCACUCCACUCAGGGAAGCCUAUUGCUGUAUGCUUAUUGGAUUCAGGCACACAAACACAUACAAGCAAAAGUUAAUCCAGCCAGCAGUGAAUGGAACUAGAGACACUGGGCACUAAACGGUGUUCACUGCAACGCAAGACCAUUCACUUUCACACACACACACACACACACACACGCACACACACACACACACACACACACACACACACACACACGUACACACACACUGACUCUCUGGCACACCGUUCUCUCAGAGCUUUUGACUUUUGUAUAACCUUCCUCCUGUCUCUCUCCUGUUCUGCCCCUAUUUCUUAUGAGGACCACCUGUGGAAAGAUCAUGACUCCCCUCAGAAAUAAUUUUCUCCCCAGGGGAACUUGAGAAGACUGAAGAAACGCUGCUGCGGGGACCACAUGGGGAAGGCAGCAGUGGAAGGAAAGCUUUGAGGGGGCUCCAGUAACUGUUAACCAGCCUUCCCACCUCACCUAACAUGGCUUGUACACUGCGAGUAGUUUCCCCUGAGUCCCAGUGGCACAGACUCCUAGUUCACCAGCUAAACCUCCUCUAACAAUCAUAGAUAGUGUUAAAGUAAACCAGCAAACACAUGCACGCACACACACAUGCAUAGCACUGCCUUUCUCUCUGACAUGCUCCGUCUGGAGCCCAGCUCUCCUUGGAACGGUGUCUUUGACUACAAGAGGGCGAGGGCCUCAGAGAGCAGGGAACAUCACACACAGGCGCACACACACAUGUACACAUACUGCCUCUUUAUGCCUUGUUUUUAUAGCAUGUACAAAGGUGCAAACUGAGCUCUAAUAACACACAUACAGACUAUAUCUUUAUAUAUUCUAAAUGAAAUUAUUGCAGAAAAGUAAGAUUUUAAAAAGCAUUUAAGGUGAGAUUGAUUCAGGACUUUUUUGUAAAUUGAUUACUCUGGGUGGUUAGAAUUGCCACUCGCCAGGUAACAAGGACUAGAGGGUGGGUGAACAGAAUGAAGAAUGGUGUGGCUCUGGGUUUUCUUGUACAUUUGUUUCAUAAAUACACAAGCCAGAGAAAAACAGCACAAGUCAGUCUACCAGCAAGAUAAAACAGAUGUAAAGAAAUCUCAAACAGACUGCUAAUGAUUCAGAUAUGUGGUUCGCUCGCUCUUCACUUCAUUCGCGGCCGCUUGCUUUUUCAGCAUGCUGCACUCUGCUCUUUCCUGUCUGUACAGUCUCGCUCGCUCGGCACAGCGGGGUUCUCCCCAGCCUGAGCUGCCCUGGCCUCGGGCCACCUCUCCAGGCCUGGUGUCUGUGAGUGGGAGCGCUCCAGCUUAGCUCCUGGGUUAUUAUUACAGUACUAAUCCUGGGCUAGUUAGCAUGAUGCUUCAAGGGAGUGAGGGAGGGGAGGAAUGGGUUGAUCUUUACUGUACGUCCUCUCCCCAGACUAUGCAUCUUCACCCACACACACAAGCAUGAUGUUGGGAUUCCUUCUGCGGCCUGCGUUGACCAGCAGCCCGUCCCUGCCCGGUCAGUGACAAGACAGAUCUAUAGCAGAGAACCGUGAGAUAGAUGGCCUCCAGGCAGUCUGUGUAGCUGAGCUGAUCGAAUUUACUCAUCAGACCCCUGUGGUCUGGACUGAAGCAUGUCACAACACACGCACACACACACACACACACACACACACACACACACACACACACACACACACACACACACCGUCACCCUCACCAGGUCCUGUGUCUGUAUUUGAACAGACAGCUGCCUUAUUACUACUUUUCAUAUCUCAGCAACAGAUGAGGCAUCGGUCUUACCUGCUCUGCUCUCUCUCUCUCUCUCUCUCUCUCUCUCUCUCUCUCUCUUUCUGUCUCUCUCCCCUAUUUCUGUUUCAUUUUUUCCUUGCUCUGUUUCAGGCGUUGCCUGACUUCCUGCUAACUGCGGCGUGAUCUGACUCAGUCGUGAUAUUGCAGGCUAAAAAGAUUGAUUGGAGUUUAUGACCCAGGCUCUCAGUUUCAGGCAUCUACAGUCAAAGACAGGUAGACGAACAGCACAAAGAUUACAUUUCUCUCUCAAAAGAAUAAAUGGUUUUUAAGUUUAUUUCUUUGAUGUCAAUAUUGCUAUUGAUUACUGUUGAUGUUGUUUAUUAUUGUUCUCACUGGGUUAUUUACCUCUACAUCUGGCAUUAUUAUUCCGUGGCUCUACUAGCUGUUGCUUUUUAUGUUGUGUACAUCACUUUGGAUGAUGUGGAAUCCCCCACCCCAAACCUGUUUAAAACCCUCAGACCCCGAUCCAGGAAGACUUUUCCCUGUCUCUAGUUUUUAAAAAUGUAAUAUAACUAAAAUGUGUAAUAUUAAUUUUGAUGCUGACAAAGAAGUGACAUCAGGGACUGAGAGGGAAGGACAGCAGCAGAGGAUUUUAUUGACAGCAGAGUGGGAGUGAUUUUAUCUUUUUUGUCAUGUAUUGUAAUUUUUAUUUUAUAAUGUUACUAUUCUCUCUCUCUUUCUCUUGCUCUUGUAUAUUUUUUUCAUUUUUGGAAGGGGGUUUGUAUCAUUUAAAAGAAGAAAAAAUAUAUGUAUUGUUUUAUUGUGUAAAGGUCUAUCUUCUUCCUCUAUCAGUCUUUUAUUUUUGCCUCAUCUCCCCCAAGCAGUUACAUAACACUCAGAUAGAGAGAUGAGAGUUAAUAUCAUGAUGUUACAUUGAAUUCCUCCACUUUGUGUUUUUUUUCCAAACUUGUAAUUAAGAUGUAAUCAGGGUUAAUUAAAACUGGUUCAAACCCAA